UGCCACUCAAAAAACCUACCGAACAAUUUGUCACGUCAUAGCAUCUUCAUUCAACAGUUCAUUCUUUUAUUUUGUUUUCAUUUUCUUUUAGUUUUGAUCCCACGAAAAAUACAGUUAUCACAGCUAUAUUAGUGUUUUAUUAACUUUUUAUUAUUGAUUUACGUGUGUCGUAAUAUAGUUAACAUAAAUGUCGCAAAAAAAUUGGAUUUCCAAAGAAUAAAUUACGGUAUGAUGGAGGGUCAAGAUCAGUUGGAGAUGAAGUUCAGCACAAGCGAUGAUGUUGGUGGUGUGGAACUGUGCAUAGUGUGCGGUGACCGAGCUUCCGGCAGACAUUACGGUGCCAUCAGUUGUGAAGGUUGCAAAGGGUUCUUCAAGCGCUCGAUCCGCAAGAAGCUGGGGUACCAGUGUCGCGGCAGCAUGAACUGCGUGGUGACGAAACACCACCGUAACCGCUGCCAGUACUGCCGGCUGCAGAAGUGCCUCGCGUGCGGCAUGAGGAGCGACUCGGUCCAGCACGAGCGAAAGCCUAUCGUCGACAAGAGCAAGGGGGAGCCGCGCGAGGGCAUGCACGACAGGCAGGCGGCGUACUCGAAGCUGCUGGGAUUGGCGGGACAGGCGCAGGCGCAGAUAAACCCAAAGGAAGAGCCUUCAGACAGCAUGGGCGCGGUGUCCACGGCCGCUCCAGCUAUCAACUUUGCUCUAGCUGCAGCCGUCGCGUUCAAUAAAGGCAAUCCAGUGUCACCAUACUUAAAUCCCGGCGCUCCGAGUGACAUCGAGGGCGCUCGCAGACAGCAAAUAAUGUUGCAGACACAGCUCGCAAAGAAUCUGUUCAAAAUGGGUCAGUUCGGUGCAAUAAACGAGUAUCUUCAGUCUGCAUACGGCGCGACUCCGGCAGAGAUGCCUCUCUCCGCGCUGCAUGCUGCCGCCGAGACGCAGCAGAAUGAUGAAGAGGGCGCGUCGCUGUGCGGCACGUCGCCGCUGACGCUGUCGCUGCCGGGCGCUGCGCCGGCGCCGCUGCGGCUGCACGCGGCGUGCGAGGCGGGCGCGCGCCUGCUCGCCGCCACCGCGCGCUGGAUCCGCGCCGUGCCCGCCGCCGCUGCGCUACCAUUCGAAAUCCAAGUGACACUGUUCAAGAAGUGCUGGCCGGAGUUGUUCGUGCUGGGGCUGGCGAAGUUCUCUGCUGCUCUGUCUCUGACCACAUUACUACCGCUGCUGGUGAGCCAUCUGCACUCGGUGCUGCGGGAGCGCGCUAGCUCCGGCGGGUUGGACAGGUCCGCGGACUUGGCUCAGCCUGAGAUCACAGCGGCUGACUACUCGGAUGAGCGCAUAGCGGAGAUCAGCGGCAACCUGACGCGGUUGCAGCAGUUCAUCACCACCAUUGAGCAGCUGCGAGUGAAUGAGAGAGAGCACGCACACCUCAGGACCCUGUGCCUAUUCUCACCAGACGGCGUCCCAGACUUCCUAACACGCAAGCUCCAAGAAUACCAGUCAAAAGUCCUCCGCUCUUUGAAAAACGUCUGCCAACCAGACGAAGAAAGGGUCUCACGCCUGCUCCUGCAGCUACCUCCGCUCCGGGCUUUCCCGGGACCUUUCCUGGAGGAUGUAUUCUUCGUGGGCUUCCUGGGAGACGUCAGUAUUGACGAUGCUGUGCCUUAUCUACUGAAUGCUGAGCGCUAAGCCGGAUGAGCCUUUUGAUCAGGAUUAACUGAUCAUAAUCUUUGCAGUCCAGGUUAUGAGACUUCGAAACAUCAAAAUGUAUGUGCAUUUUUCCUGGUAAAAAAAAUUGAUGUUGAUGAUGCAAUCUACUAUUGCGAUGUGUUGGAUAAUCGCCAUUUCCAAUUAAUGAUCCCAAUCGCUUUUUCAAUCUAUCUCAAAAAUUUACCAAUCAGAACAAAGUAUUAUAAGAAGGAUAUGAUAUAUGAGGAUUAUAUAGGAGGAUUAAUACAUGGUAGUAAUGCGCCUACACAGUAGUUGGUGGAAUUUAAUAUAGUCAGAUAUAUCACAAUAAUUCACUAUAAGUGCUACACAUUGACUUUGCAACGGUUAGGGAAAAUGCCUCUCUGUUCAAUGUGGCCUUUUACAAUGUUUGACAACUCAUCAAAGAGGAAAAACUGGUGUUAUAAUAUUAUAAUGAAGGUAGUUUUGACAGGGGCGACGAUAAGUGUGGCAACAGUAUUUUUUACAUGAUUAUUAAUGAGUUAUUUUGAUUGGUUCAUCUUCGGGAUCAGAUUGAAGAUUGAGAUUGAGAUCGUACAGAAAACAGCUGUCAAGUAACAUGAACAGACAUGUGUUCUUACUAAUAUUAAUGGCUAAUUUCAAUGAAUGAUCUUAAAUGCUACCUUUGGAUUGACAGAAAAACCACCAAGCAGUAUAAACUAUGUUUGACAUAAUAACAAAUAAUCUUACACAUGUCAGUGGGAUCCUGUAUUUAAGCCUUUUAAAAAUACAGGAUAUCUCUUUAUUAUUACUUAAUUCCCAUUGAAUUGUGUUUUGUUGUGUUUUGUAUAUUUUUAGUAGUGUCGAUCACUAACAUUUAGAGAAAACAUUAAUUCAAUAUGCUAACAAGAAAAGAAAAAACAUUUAAUAUCUCACUUAACAACUGUCAAUCCCCUUUAUUCAUUUUCUCCCAUUAACAAGUCUCCAAUGUAAAGACAUUCAACUAUAUUACCUCAGAAGUCUGCAGUCUGUAACAACGUGACAUUGGCGGAAUUGCUCCAUAAGCAAGCUCAUCGCCAGUAAUCAAAGAAGAACAAAUGAUUUAUUUUGAUUGGUUUAUACUUACCAGUGAUCUGUAUGGAUUGGGGCUGUUUAUUGAAAUCGGGCAUUAUUGCAAUAAAUCUGGCGGCUUUUUGGUAUCACUUGUUAGACAUUAUAUUUGGUGUCAAGCCACUGAUUGCCUCGGUGGCGUAGUUGAACGGCAGCGCUCUGAGGUCUUGAAUUCGAAUCCCGGAUCGGGCAAAGUGAAAUUUGAGUUUUUCUGCUCAGUAUCAGCCCGGAGUCUGGAAUUUGUGCCUGAUAUGGCGAUAGGCUCGCCCCCUGUCACAUCAUGGGACGGAACACUUGACGAAAAGUGGGUGCCCUCGUUGCAUCUCUGCAUACCCCUUCGGGGAUAUAUGCAUGAUGUUGUGUGUUUGUGUGUGGCACUAGGAAAAAAUCCAACUACCUACACACUGGAGUAGCCAAGACUAAUAAUAGAUGCAUCAACUCCUAUUUUACAAAAACGAAAUAAUGUAUGUCUAGAAACAAACUGAAAAGAUAUUGAAAUAUCUUAAAAUAAUGACCAGUAUAUUUUUUUAUUACUAUUAAGUUUAAUUAGAGUUGCACAAAGAGAUGUUUGAUGAAAGAUGUAUAUCUAAUAUUAUAAAGAAAUGUUUGCGAGUGUUCGUAGAGAUAAAUAUGUGCAAUUACUCAAUUUAUUCUAGAUAUUCUGAAACUGUUAAUAGAUUAAUACACUGUAUAUUACUCCAAGAAACGCGGUAGCAAGGAAAUAAUAAAUUUGCUCAUGAUGGAUAUAUUUUAAAUCGGCCAGGAUAGCGACCACCGUACACAAGGUGAUAAAACCUGCCAUAUUGGCCCACGUGUGUCGCGUUCCGAGAUCAGCCUACAUAUAUCCUGUUCCAACAGGCCGGCAUAAUUGUGUCGACUGUCGAGAAGUAAUCAUCUCUCGUCAGUCGACAUUCUAUUGGACCCCAUACCACUUACCAUCAGGUGCUGUGGGGUGCAUGUAUAAAAAAAUAAUAAUAAUAACUAAAUUUGCGAGCAAAUGUUAAUAAAAUAAUUUAAAAAGGCUAAAUUGUGUCAAAAUAAAGUGCCUUCAAUAUUUUUUUAAAUGUUAUGUCGGUAUAAAUGUGUUGUUCUACUUUCACGUAGCUGUAUUUUUAAUUAAGACUAAAGUUAGGGUUUAUUAAUAUCUGUCGUCCAUAGUUUUAGUGUUAACUUAGUAUUUAAAGUUUAUAUGCAUAUUUGGAAAAAUUAUAAACAGAAAAUUAUUAAUGUGGAAUAUGUUGGUGCUUUCGCAGAAAAAUAAACUAAUUCAAGAUUAUA